GGGUGACACUAUAUCUCCAAUGGGGUCGCGGGGCCCGAUGGGAGAUGGAAGCCGUGGAAACACCACGCUUCCCACAAUGCAUUACUUCCCUUCUCUUCCCCCUGCCCGUCCAGAUUCUCCGCCGCGGCUCCGAUCCUCAAAGCACUUGCUGUGACGUCAUAUCUGUGCGACAGAGACGGAACGGAGUCCUCGCUCUUUCCCCGGCCAGAGCCUGGAUUCCCCUGCAGGGUCCGUAGGGGGGUGGGAGCCUGAGCCAUGAAGCCCCCGGUUCGGACCCGCUCGGCCCCCACACGCUACGAAACGGGCCCCCCUGCAUGUCACGCACCCACUCGGGCCCCAUGGACGGUACAGGAGAAGCGGCAACUGAUUAAGGCCCUGAAAGCCCAAGCCCCUCACGGGGAGCUACAGACAGCGCUGUUGCAGGAGCAUUUGCCCCGUAGGAGUGAAGCUGAGAUUCUGGCCUUCAUCCACCAGCUGAAGGGCCGCGUAGCAAGGGAGGCCAUACAGAUGGAGUAUCGCCGCUGCCGGGAGGAGCAGAGUCGCAAGGAAGCUGAGAUCCUAGCUCCUAUCGAGGUCUGGACAGAUCUUGCUGAGAAGCUGACGGAUAAGCUGGAAGAAACCGUGACAGCAGCUUUCUCUCAGGUUCUGACCAUCGCAGUCACCGAGCCGCUCAGUUUGCUCCACUCAAUUCCCCAGAAGCUGACCAGAGCUGCAGAGAAGAAGGUCCUUCUGGACUCCUCGAGCCAGCGUGAUGCAUCACCAGCCCCUGAUGAUGCAGCAAGGAAUGGAGAUGCUGCCCCAGGCCCCCCAGCAGCAGCUCAGUCCUCCAGCACUAGCACAGACCCAGGUGUUCAUGGGGAACCAGAGAAAUUCAGCGUGGACUUUGAGAAGAUCUAUAAAUAUUUAUCGAUGCUCUCCAGGGACAUCAAAGUGCCUGAGCUCUCGCCAUAUGAGUCUGCCGUCGUCCUAGACCUGCUGAUGUCCCUCCCUGAAGAGCUAAGCAACCUGGACUAUAACGGAUUGAAGAGCCACAUGCACAGAUCCUACAGGGAACUGACUGCGCCGCAGCCAGAUGGGAGCAGGAAAGAAUCAGAUCCAGGAGCCCGUGCAGGAGAACUGGCCGCUGAUGCGCCUUCUGCCAGUGUCGUCUGUGAGAGGCCUCCCACUGCUAACCUGUCGGUGAGCUGCACAGCCCCAGCAGAACUGGCACAGCCAAGUGACAACCAGGAAAGGCCCAGCAGGUCAGGGGAAUGUGAGCAGGGAAUACAGGAAACUCCCCAGCCCAGUGUGAGCCCAUCCUCAGCCCAGCAUUCAGCUUCCCAUGGCCAAUUGCCUCCACCCCUCCACAGUCCCGCUGCAGAUGCUCAAAAGUCAGUUUGGAAGGAUCUGGGAAUUUGCCCUUUGAACUUGUUCCUUGUUCCCUUGGAGCUUCUGGUUCGAAAGGGGGACAGUUUGGACUGAAAAGGCUGGUGGUGAGUCUUGGUUUCUCAGCAGAGAUUCAGGCAGCUGUUUCAUGCUGGUUCUCUAUACCAGUCAUGCUCUUGUGCUGUGAUGGGGACCCUUUAAGGGCUCUCCUGACCCUGAACUGCAGUCCCUGGCAGGGAUACAAUCUUGGGGGUGUCUUUCUCCUGAACAAUGGAGUUUUAGUGAAGGUAAGAAGUGAAGUUUCAUUAGCAGGAAACAACCUGGAUUUGCUUGGCCCUGUGCCCAGAGUUCCAUGUCCCAGCUCUGGUUGCUGACAGGGGCUUGGCUGUGGAGUGGGUGAUUGAUGCACAUUUCUGAGAAGAACGUGACAGAGCUGGGUUCACAACCUUCAGAUCAUGUUGACUAAAGUCCUAGUUUGCUACUGAUGUGAAAAUGAAAUUUAGUCUUUCUCCAAAAGGUGCAAAGGCUGAGCUGUGCAGCUCACUGGGGACUGAAACUGACUCUUUUGGGUUUCUAUCCACAGCCCUAUGGCUUUGUGGAAUAAAACAGUGUAUUCUCUCUUGGUGCAUGAGAUGUAAAUACUGUCGUUUUCACUUCUCUGGGCUCUGCCUGAGGAGCCUGUUCUGGUUUUUUCCUUAAGUAUAAAUGUAUUUAAGGUGUGGAAUAAAGAGCUUAAAAACAUC